AUGGACGUCCAAUCAUUUAUGACCGGGAUGCACCCGGGACAACGCACUAUUCCGACUCAACAAAUGCGGCUGUUCAUCAAGCAACAGCGUCCGCAAGGAAGACCCGUGGCUGUGCCAAACGUUCUGUAUGAGCCGCGCGCGGUAGCUCAUCAGCACCCGGCGCAAAACCAAAAUGGGUUGUCGCAACCUACCCAGGCAGCUUUUGUUGGGGCAUUCCAGCAGCCUAUCCACCCAACCGGACUACUUAGCGGCCAGGCAUGUAUUCAAAAUGGCGGUUACCCGCAAGCGGCGGGCUUCGCGACCCAGUACGUGCAGCAGGUCGCCGCAAGACAGGGCCAACAAGCGAGCGGCGUCUAUUUUGCUAGCCAGAGCUCCAAUCGUCUUCCAGAUUCUCACUCAACCGGUCUAAACGGUUAUAUGUAUUCCUACCCUAUCCAACACACUCCUUUCACCCCUUCAACCGCCGGGGCAUCAAACGCUCAAGCCUUCGACGGCCACAUAAGGGUGACUUCCGAAAGUGCGUGGCACUACUCUGCGUGUCAAAUGCAACAAAACAUUCCGGCCUCUGCCGGUCAUUCGAGUCUGCACGACUUCGGCGCGAACUCUGCCUCAAAGCAACCUAUCCAAAGCGCGAGUCCCCACGGCGGCGUUGUCUCCCAGCUGGCGGCGUACAACCAACGUGGACCGAGCCACACGAGCCAGCAGCAGCAGAUGCAGCUGCACUACCAGUACCAGAUGCAGAACCCGUCGCCAUUCCUGUCUCAAGGCGACGGACCGAUGAUGGGCGGUGUUCCACCCGCGACGGCAGCUCAGGCUAGCCGCGCAGCUGCUGCAGGUCCAGGCCGGAGCCCCGAGCAAGUCAACGCAGCUGCAGCCUUGAGUUCAUCAGUGGGCUCUUCGUGUGCGACGAGAACACCGUCCUCCUCCGUACGUCCGACUGCAAAGGCUCAGGCUCAAGAGGCUGACCCAGCACAUCGUGGCCGCGCGCUCACCCCCGGUGAAGACGGCAACAAGCUCAGGUUUUCCUCCGCCUUCCCGCCUCGGUGCGCGUCGAAGCCGGACGCGGCAGUAUCCAAGCCAAGCUACAGCCGCCGCACUCUGUCCACCGCUGGCGCGCGAACCCGUGGAACUCCAGCGACUAUCCAGGACUCCGCGAGUCCUACACGUGAUAACGCAGAUCGAAAAGUGUCUGAAGAGGCGCGAAACAGUCGCGAACCGUCCGGAGGGAAGUGUCAAGAGACCCUGACGAGCACGAGCUCGGGGCGCACGAACUUUUACGGAAGUGAAAAGACGGCGGUGCGAGGCGACGAGACGCCUCUCAGCGGCACAGCUCAAGACGUCGCGACAGCCGAGCUCUCCAGCAGUACAGCAAGCCGGAAAUCCAUGCGCAGUGACCAGAAGAUUGCUGGCAGCCGUCGGCCGCCGCCACGUACAUGCGCCUCAGCGGGGACCAUAAACCCGCGCAACGUCGCGAACAUCGGAGAGAAGUACAAGGACCGUCUCGCCAGCUCAACCAGUAUGGAGCGAAAGGGUUCGAAGGUUGAACAGCGGCGAUCACUCUGGGAAGCGAACGGCAAAUCAAAAUCUUUUUCGACUCCUUCCCCAUUGCCGCGCUUCAGUUCGGGUGCGUCAUCUUCGUUCGGCAAGUCCCGAAAGUCUCAAGCGUCACCAAGCGCGGGAGCCGCGGCUAGUGGAAGCCGUCUCGGAGGCAGUCGUGGAACUCUCAGCCAUGCGAGCACGAAGGAAGUCGACAUUUCCAGCGCGAACGGCGGGGUGUCUGAGGACGACAAGUCCCAGCCGGCUGCAACCCCGGCUGCAGCUCAGGGCCGACUGUUGCUGCGUUCGCGCGCAGGCGUGCCCUCUGGUAGGGGCGUGACAACAAGAAACAGUCAAAAAUAUCGCAGUGACGUCCGCCAUCAUAGUGAUAGCAGUCUCCAGACUUCCGACGCAGCGCGCGCGCCCCCCCUUCGAAGGCUGACCAGGGACGUCAACAAACCAGAGCUUGGAAAGCACAUCCACGGCACCCUAAGCCGCAGUAAUGAAACCGCAACUCUUCAGCGCUCCCGAAGCAGCGAGAAGAGCGACGUCGAAGACGCCGACCUGAGUGAAUCCUACGCACGCCGCCGCGGCUAUUCGACGAGUCAUCGUGACGCGUCCUCUUCCCCCACAUCCCGCCUCGUCUCCAGCGAGAGUGGAAGCCGAAGCAUUGCUCAGGCGGGCACAAACUCGGGCACCACGACAGGUAGAUGUCCGAGGAGCUCGGCAUCGGCCUCGCUGUCGCGCAACAACAGCAACAGCGGAUCGGAUCAACUGAAGACUCGUACGGGAGCAGCAAAGGCUGGCCUCUGGAGUGGGUCCGCGAAUUCGCGAAAGCCGCAAGGCACUACGACUACGAAGAGUCUCGACGGUAGUGGCCCACACGAGCCGUCGGCGACCAUGAACGGGUGCGUGACCAGACUGGGGUCGGGAGAUAGCAGACUUACGGGGUCGGCAUCGGUGUCCACGGCCUCCCUUGAGUCGGUUGUCCUCCCAGAAAGAACGGUCCAGCGAGGAGAGGAGAAUAGUUCCGAAUCGCGUGACACGACCCCAAGCCAUCUUCGGCAAAUGAGUGCACCGGAGCCGACCACACUCUUUAGCAGUCAGUAUUCCUCAAGGUGCGUGUCUGGAUCGGGGGGCGAAUUCAGCUCAGAAGAAGAGGAAGUCGACGCUGCCGUCCACCAACACUUCGAGACCAACACUUCGACUAUCCUGGAGCCUGAACUGGGGCUAGAAAGCAGGAAGAGCAGCGGAACGAGCCGCCCGCAAACGCCGCUCCUAACACUGACCCGCAGAGAGAGUCCGGCGAUCACGCGUCAUCAGACUGUCCACGAUGGAAAAGCGAGGGUGGUGAACCACAGUAUGCACGGAGUUGUCGGCGAAGACGAAAACCAAGACCAGACGCUCGCCGCGGCAGUGGACAACGCGGCCUUGUCUGAGGGAUCAACGACUAUCUCCCGCGGAGCGCGCGGCAUGUCUUCCCAUGGCAGCGCCAGCGACAGCAGCCAACAGGGAUGGGAACUCAGUAGUGGCCAAGAUAGCAGCGGCAACACCACCCCCACUGUGAGUGAAGAAGGAACGCCUGACAUCGACCCCUUCGCCCCCUCGACAAAUUUCGCGGCCUCGGUGUCUGGCGAAAUGGUAGCCGGACAGGGAGGAUUCCGAGGCGACGCCGCCACGCCCUCUCAACAAAGUGCAUUGCCUAUUGAGGCCGCCGGAAGACUGUACACUGACAGACGUGAAAACGGCGGCUUCGAGUCGGCAGCAGGCUGUGUGCAGGCGACUGAGUUGGUUAGCAAGCUAGCAGUGGCGGAGCGGCUCGUAAGCCGUGGAAGCGAUGCACCGAGCCGCACUGGGAAUGAAAACUUCUCCACGGUACGCAUGCAUGAAGCACAGGCUGAAGAAGGAAUGUAUGUCGCGCAAGUCCUACCCAAAUUUGCCCGCCAAACCGGCGGCCAGCUACAGCAAGCGCCCGCGACCCGCGCGUCCGGCGUCCCCGCCUGGCAGCCUGUUCCCGCCCCGAGCGGCGAAAGGCUGGAAGAAAAAACCGCCAAAGACCGUGCAAAUACGGUCAACCUCACCGCCGAGAAGGGGGCAUUCACUCCCGCACCGGGACAGGCGACGCCAGCCGAAACCGCCAGGACGUCUGCUUCCGGCAACGCGCACUUUCUGGAGUCCCUCAGAGAGCCGCAGAACGCCGCGGCCGCCUCUCGCUUCACAUCCGCCGGAGCAUUCGCGCCUAUUCAGAGUCCCCUUCUCGACGGGGAGGGGAACGUUUCCGCACAGGAGGGCAUUCCCCAAGUGCGGACGGAAGAACAAAUGCGUCAACAGAUGCGCGAAAAACUCCAGCGCCAAAUGCAAGAACUGCAGCAUGCGCAGGAGCACCAACUUCGCGUGGCUCAGGAGCACCACCACCAGCAAAUGCUGGAGCAAUCGAGGCAGAGAGACGAGCGCCUCCGCCAGCAGCAGGCCGAGCAACAGUAUCACAUGCUCCAACUCCAGCUGUAUGCACAGCAGCAGAUGUCCCCAAAUAUGCAACGAGUCAUCUCCCUUCAACCAGGCCGAACCCUUACCGUGUCUGGGCAGCUGCCCAGCCAACAGAGCGCACAAGGGCGGCCUCUGCAUUUCUCCCAGUACCCCCGCGAUCGGACUCAGGCCCCAGCGAACGCCGAAUUCGCGGGAAGUCGCGCUGGGCACUCCAAUCUGCGUCAACUCAGCGGCGUCCACCAAACUUCGACGCCGCGGCUUUGCCUUCGCCAAGCCAUCAGCGAGCAGCAGCUGCGGCGCCCGUCCUUCUCGCUGUCGCCCGCGCGCACUGUCGCAUCCGAGCACGAGCACGAGCUGCUUGCCGCCCACCAACAGCAGCACGGCGAAAAGAGAUCCGAACUCGAUACAGCGAUGAGCCCUAGCCCUGCGCAGACGGCCCGUGAACAGGCCCUCGUUGCCUCGCUGCAGCAACGACUGCGUGCCGCGCGCGAUCUUGACAGUCUUCGAGCUCUUUACGCCGACUUCCAAGUCGGAACCCCUGCUUUUGCCGCCGAGCAGGUUCAAGCAACACACGUCGACUGCCACAAGAACAACGAUCCAUUCCGUCCUCUACAUGCUCCAUCGACUAAGGGUGAGCCUUUAGCAGGCCUGGCUAGACGCUAUCUUCACUCCCAGAGCAUCGUCGCCUCCCGUUGCCACCCCGUGGGUCGGCAGGAGCACCAGGAGUUUAACCAAGCGCUCUGGGCUGAGAAAUACCGCACCCAGCAAGACGAACUCCGUCGCAACCUUGCCUUGUACCAGGCUGGCCGUCCGAACGGCCUCACCGCCGCGGGAAUCAGUCCGGUAACUGUCGUGAAUUCUCUCCGAGCGAACGAGGCGGCCCUUCGAGCCUCCGCCGCUAGCGCAGCUGCUGUCUGGUGCCCGAUUCCAGGCGGAGACGGAGCUGGGGCGCCUCCGGCGCAGAUCAUGGCGAACGAAGGUGCUAGACAUCCGCCGAUGCAUCUGCUGAACAAAAGAGCCGCGGCACUGCCGCCUCUGCCUCCUGCAGGCAUGUCCCUCGCUCCCACGGGAGAGAGCGCCGCCCGUGCAGCGCUUUCUCCGAUGUCCAGCCCGCCAGCCCACUUUGUGAGGACUCGCCCUUUGGCUGUGCGCCCCGUCGUCACUGUCGGGAACCCCGCAACUUCUGGGUAG